AUGGAUGACGUUCCCUGGGACAUGUCACCUAUUCCUCCACCACCAUCAGCAACUGAAGCAAUCGAAGAAGACCUUGCGUUUGAUGCUAACCCUGCUUUAGAAAUUGCAGUCCUGGAAACGAUGGAACCGAAGACUGGUCCGGAACUUGCAUCCCAACGACUGGAAGCAGAGCCCCUUCCUCAUCAACAGCAUGCUGUUAGCACAUCCAGCAUCCCAGCGGAGACCUUGAACGACGUUCCAGGAGCGGAUCAAAACAAGGAAUCGUCAGAAAGCUUAAGAAGUGAAUCGGCAUCGGGCAGCGAUUCUUCAUCCGAAAGCAGCUCGAGCAGUGGUUCGUCAACCAGCAGGAGCCCCUCGUCAUUGUCUUCCAGCUCAUCGUCAGAAUCAUCCGACGAUGACAAUGCUGAUUCUGCUACCGGAACGACCAAAGGUGGAAGCGUUUACGACACCCCAUACAAGCAACUGCACUUCACUGAUACGGAGAUCUUUGUGACGCCGGACGAUACCAUGAAGGACCUCAAGAAUGACACUGGUAGAGUGACGGUUGACUUAACGACUUCGCUUCCUGCUGCCUCGGAGAACAAGCAAGAAGGGGAGAGGACUCCCAGCAGUAGCAGCAGCAGCGGCAGCUAG